GGCGAGCGGAGGAGUAUCGAGGAGUAUUGUGCUGGCACUCGCUCAAAUUUCAGAGGCCCUUCGUUUGUAUUUAUAUUUGUUUGGUAUCCUGCAGGGACAAUUCCUGCAGGGCCUUUCCUAAUACCUCCAAAAUGGUGUCCAUUCUUAAGAGAAUGCGGAAGAUGAAGUCUAGACUUUUAGACAUCAGGGUUGGCCUUGGAGCUGCCCUUCUUCCAUCUGCAUCAUCGCCAUCAAAAUUCUCCCCCGUAACUCGCCUCCAUCUCACGUACGCUCGCAAAAUGUACGAAGGCCACAUCGGCGCCCGUAGAUUCUGGCGCCAGUGCCUUCCACGAUUAAAAUAUUAUAACCCCAGCGUUGCAAUGUCCGUGAAGCAAACAGAUGACAAUGCUGGCCCGGCAGUGUUAACGCUAUACUUCGCAAACAAAGACGGCGCUACACAGGCAACAUCUUCGACAACCGAUGAAUUUGCUCCGGCUCCUACAGAAUCGGAAUCCGUCAAAACGAUAGAUAUCAAGGGCAAAAGCCUCGAGGAAAUUUGGGGUAGCUUUAAGAGCAUGACCGGUGCAGAAGAUCUCAAGGUCUCGGAAGCUGAUCGUCAAGAGCUCGAGGAGCUCUCUAAGCAGAAAGAGAAAAGUGAAGUUGAUCGCCAGCGGGUUGCGGGUAUCCGGCAAGCGAGAAAAGACCAAGAGAAGAUGCUCGCAGCAGCCAGAGCUGAUGUUGAGAGGGCUAAGGAGGAGUAGCUUUUAUUUUUACUUUUCUCUUAUGUUCUCAACUUCAGAACCCAACCAGUGGAUUUUCCCAAGGCAUGCGAGGAGUUUAUGGAUCCUGUAUUUGUUUUGUCUAUGAUAGAGGCACUUUCUAGCUUUUGUUGGUUUUGGUGUACAGAUGAAUUGCAAUGUACAUUAGGGAUCUUUUCAGGGAUCAGUGACACUCCGAGCACCUAUUGUUGUGUGAUGUUUUGCAUCUUGCCAUCGGACUCAAUCAGGUUGCCAUGUAGUUGUAAGACAAGAAUAUAAGGAGGGAUGAUAUCAAUGAAUGGAGA